CAGCACCUCCCUUCCCCCGUGUGUGUGUCCUCUCGUUCUCCUGUGCCCCGGGCCUGCUCCUCCGAGCCGCCGCCGCUGCUGCCUCCUCCUUCUCCUGCCCGCGCGGGGCGGCCGGGCUCAGCCUGUGCAGCCUCGCCCUGCACUGAGUGCCCGUUAGUGUCUCACUAAGUAACCGUGAGUGAAACCUUCAUCAUCUCUCCUCACUGAGGGACCCGACCCUCCUCCUCACCGAGCCGCCCCCAGAGCGGCUGUGCGCGCCGCCGCCGCCGCCACCUCCUCCUCCUCCCUCCGCACCACGGGCAGCGGCAGUGUCCUGCCUUCCUCCACCUCCCUCCUCACCACACCACAGCCAGCACAAUGGCCUUUGAAAGCCUGUUCUCCAAACCCCCAAACCCAGUUCUUGACCCAAACAUGCCCGACUCUGACAGGCAACAUGCAGGGGACGAAAGAGAAGAUGGAGAGCUAGAAGAUGGUGAAAUAGAUGAUGCAGCAUAUGAAGAUGUGAAAGAACAUAGUACAAAAGGUGAUGAUAAACAGAAAAACGAGAAAGGACAUAGAAAAUCACGGAAGAAACGCAAAAAAGAAAAAGAAAAGAAAAAGUCAAAAAGGAGAAGACGGGAUAAGCAUAAGCAUAACUCCCCUUCCAGCGAUGACAGUUCAGACUACAGCCAUGACUCUGAUCUUGAGCGUACAGAAAGACCACAUAAAAAGAGUAGCAGCUCUUCAUACAGAGAUUAUGAUUCGUCGUUCAGUCAGCAUGGACACGUAUCAGGAAAUUACAUGAGUUCACAGAAAAUGCAACAUAAAAAAAAUAUAAAAAGUAAGGAGUAUGACGACUAUAGUCAUUACAGUGAUGAAAACUUUGGUAAUUAUAACGAGGAAGAAAAGGAUGAAGAUUUUGCUGAUCAGCUUAAACAAUACAGGCAAGCUAAAGAGACCUCCAGUACUGAUCUAGGACCUCCAUUCCCAAAAGAACCAGUGAAAAAGCAGGGAAUGAAAGGGAUCCAGAAAGGUAUUUCUCAAAGAGGUAAUAAUUACAGUGUUGGUCGAGGGCGUGGAAUGCAAAAGAAAUUGAAGCGUAAAGAUCGUGGAAGGGGAAGAGGGGGCAAUAAAGGAUCCGAUGGCUUUCAUGAGGAUGGCAAGCCAGUGAAGAAAUGGGUUAAUAUGAGUCAGGAGUUCAUAAAUCAGCAUACAGUGGAACACAAAGGCAAACAAAUUUGUAAAUAUUUCCUUGAAGGGAGAUGUAUUAAGGGAGAGCAGUGUAAAUUUGAUCAUGAUGCAGAGAUUGAAAAGAAAAAGGAAAUCUGCAAGUUUUACAUACAGGGUUACUGCACCAAAGGAGAGAACUGCAUUUAUUUGCACAAUGAAUUCCCUUGCAAGUUCUACCAUACAGGAGCAAAAUGCUAUCAAGGAGAUAAGUGCAAAUUUUCUCACGCUCCCCUGACUGCAGAAACAAAAGAGCUGUUGGAUAAGGUUUUGAAUAAUGAGGAGGAACCGCAAAAUGAAGAUGAGAAAGAACUGGAGGAACUCAGAAAGCGUGGCAUAGUUCCUCUCCCUAAGCCACCACCAGGUGUUGGACUUCUGCCAACCCCGCCAGAGCAAUAUCCGUUUUCUGAGUCCGAUAUAGAAAAUUAUCAAGAUCCUUCAGGGGAUUAUAAGAAAAUCCCAUCUCUCUUUGAAAUAGUUGUGAAGCCUACUGUGGAUUUAGCACACAAAAUUGGAAAAAAGCCACCGACCUUCUAUAACAGCGCGUCACCACCAAGACCACCGUUUCAAGGAAAUGACCCACACUCUCAGCAUAUGUAUAAUCCAGGUUCAAGUCCAGGGCCGGGACCAGGCAUGUCACAAGGACAUAAUGGGCCACCAAUGCACCCAGGUUCUCCUGGACAUCAUCCAUGUGCAGGGCCUCAACACAGAGUCCUCCUAUGCAGGGUGUUCCACCAGGCUUUCUCGGCCCACAGAACCAGACUGGUAUGCCUAUGCAAGGACAGCAAGGUGGUCCACCUCUCACACCACCGGGUCUUGGUGGAUCUUACAAUGCCCCAGGAGUUCAAGGACAUAUGGUGAAUAUGCCAAGAGACAAUCAUUGUCCUCCAGGGCCACAAUACCAGCAGAUGCCUGGGGAACGGCAGCCGAAUAUGAAUUACGAGCCUAUUCAGAACCCAACUGAUUUCUAUGACAAUUACUAUUCUCAUCAAGCCGUACAUAACUUCCAGCCAGCUAAUAACUCUGGUGAUGGAACAUGGCAUGGAGAAUUUACAGAUCACCAGGCUCACCUCAUGGCUCAAGAGUCACAUCAAGGUGGAAGCGAGUCAGACUGCAUGGGUGGCCAUAUGGGCCAUAAACCAGCCAUCAAUGUACCAGAUUUUCUUCCAGCAAUGCAGAAGGCCCUUUAUGUAAGACUUAGUCAAAAGCAUCAAAGAGAUGGAGACUCUGUCAGCAGCCAGGGUCAGAGGGCAAUGAGCAAAGACGAAG